AUGUCAAACCCGAAAAGUCAACAAAAAUUACCCUCAAGAUUCAGUCCUGAUGGCGAUGAGCCAUUGAUAUUGAGAGUCAAGACAACAACAACAUUUCAAAAAAUCUUUAACGCGGUUUCAGCCCAGAAGGGCGCGGCGCUGGGCUCAUUUCGGCUGCAGUAUGAUGGUCAAAACCUUAUCGCCAACGAAACCACUCCGGCUGACUUAAAUCUGGAGAACGAAGAAGUCUUGGAUUACUGCAUCGAACAAUUGGGCGGAUGA